AUGGCUGAUGCAGUACCAUAUUCGGAUGAGGAUAAUUACGCAAAUGAAUCCUUUGAAAACGACAGCGACACCGACAUACCAGAAAUUUCCGAUUCCGAGGAUGAGAGUUUCUCAAAGAAUAACAAAACCAAAGCGUUAUAUGCUUACACCAGGAACCAUAUAAUUGGCAAUGAUAGUCUUGACAAUACGGAUCUAGUGCGGUACACAAGUUCAUCGGACGAUGAAGAUGAUGUUGUUAUUAGUGAGACAAUUGCUGAAAUCAAUACUGAACCUGCAAGUACUCGUACCACAGCUGAGAGUACGAAUACUGUAGAAGCAAUGCAAAUACUAGAAGAAGAAUUUCCUAACGCUUUAAUGAUAGCUGAAUCUAUUGAUAUAGUAAAACUAACAAGAUUAGAAACUGAUUAUAAAUUAUAUAAAGAAAAGCAAGAAAUUGAAGAUUUAUCUACCUCUGUGAAACAUGAUUUAAAAAUGAAUGAAAUAGAGUUACAAGAAGAAACACUUGUUAGUGAAAAUUCUAUGAAACCACAUAUCGUUUUAAAUAACGCCGAUAAAAAUGAACAUCAGACAACUGACUUAACUAUUAAAAGUAAAGAACUUCCCACAAUGAAUUCUGAAAAGGAAGACAUAAAUGUUAAUUUAGAGAGUUCACGGGACACUGAAUCUACAAAUAGAGAACUAAGUGUCAUUACCGAAACUGAAUCAAUCAAUGAUACAGACGAUUCAAAUUUUGAGUGUCACAUUACUAGUAAUACACCAACAAGUUUCAAUACUGAAGAUUAUGCCUUUCAUUUGGAAUUUCUGAAACGAAGUUCAUGUAGCAAUAAAGUCAGAGUACAUCGUAAAAGCUGGACCUUUACAAAUGAACGUAUGCGAGAAAUAGAACGUCAAAAUCAUAUUUUACUUAAAAAGAUAUUGACUCAGAAGCCAACAUACACAACCAGUAACAGCAAACCCAUACAACCUAAGAUAAGCAACUUACCACCUGGUAUUCGAAUGACAAGUUCAGCAGUUAAUCGAAGAAAACAGCAACGCCAGAUAGACAUGGACAAUCAAGUACUUUGGAGAAAAUUACAAGCAAUAUCAGGCCGAAGACCAAUGGUCUAA